GCCUGAGGUGGGCACAGGACAGUCCAGGGAGUCCCUGCAUCCUUGCCCUGCCCUCCCCCUUCAGCAUAAGCACCUAAGACAAUGGUGGGCAUUCAACCUCUCCCCUUCCCACCAACCCUGGGGCCUAGGAGUCUAGCAACCACUCCCCUCCUAUCCCUCUCUGAACCCUUGACCCCCUGUCCUGCAGCCCCCACAGCUUCCUGUUUGCCCACUCUAUUUGCCAAGCCCAAGGGACAGAGCUGAUCCUUGAACUCUAAGUUCCACAUGGCCAGGACCAGUGAGCGGUGACUUGGCCAGGGCCUGGCUGGGCUUAUCAGCCUCUCAGCCCAACCCCUGUGCCUGGAGACAUAAAUAGGUCCUGGAAGAGCUGACUGCCAGACACUGUCAGACAGCCCACAGCAGGCGAGGGAGGUCACAGACUACUGCAGGAUGAAAGCCGCGGUGCUCACCUUGGCUGUGCUCUUCCUGACAGGGAGCCAGGCUCGGCAUUUCUGGCAGCAAGAUGAGCCCCAAUCCUCAUGGGACAGAUUCAAGGAUUUUGCCACUGUGUAUGUGGAUGCAAUCAAAGAAAGCGGCAGAGACUAUGUGAACCAGUUUGAAGCCUCCACCUUGGGAAAACAGCUGAACCUGAAUCUCCUGGAAAACUGGGACUCACUGGGCACCAGGAUGACGAACCUGCGCGAACAACUCGGCCCCGUGACCCAGGAGUUCUGGGAUAAACUGGAGAAGGAGACAGAGGUGCUGAGGCAGGAGCUGAACAAGGACCUGCAGGAGGUGAAGCAGAAGGUGCAGCCCUACCUGGACGACUUCCAGAAGAAGUGGCACGAGGAGGUGGAGCGCUACCGUCAGCACGUGGAGCCUCUGAGUGCCGACCUGCAGGAGAGCGCGCGCCAGAAGCUGAGCGAGCUGCGGGAGAAGCUGAGCCCCUUGGCCGAGGACCUGCGCGACCGCGCGCGCACCCACGUGGAUUCGCUGCGCACGCACCUGGCGCCCUACAGCGACGAGAUGUACGACCGCAUGGUUAAGCGCCUCGAAGCCAUCAAGGAGGGUGGCAGCGCCAGCCUGGCCGAUUACCACACCAAGGCCAGUGAGCACCUGAGCGCGUGGAGCGAGAAGGCCAAGCCUGCGCUGGAGGACCUGCGCCAGGGCCUACUGCCGGUGCUGGAGAGCGUCAAGGCCACUUUCAUGAAUCUACUGGAGUCCACCAAGAACAGCCAGUGAGGGGCCUGCCGCCGCCCUG